AUGCCCUUCUCAAAACCCCUCCCCGAGUCAAUCAGCACCUUCCUCGAAAAAGCCACCUCCUCAACCCUCCCCUCCGUCCUCUCCUCAACCGCCCUCCUCCAAGCCCGCUCCCAACGCCUCCGCCGCACCGCCAUCGGAAUCGCCCUUGCAACCGGCGCACUCUACUACGCCAAGCGCCAACGCGACGCUUCCCGCUUUUCCAAAAUCGCUAACCUCCGUGAUGACUCCACCGCGAUCGUCGCGGUCAAAGGCGACUCCUCGAAAAUCAAAGUCGCCGUGGAUAAGAGAUUUUUCAGGCAACUGAAAUAUAUCUGGGCAAUCUGUGUACCCAACUGGAGGAGCAAGACCGUGGGGAUUUUGGUGUUGCAUACGGUGUUUUUGGUGCUGAGGACGUAUUUGAGUGUUGUCGGGGCGAGGUUGGAUGGACGGUUGGUGAGGGAUCUGGUGGCGGCGGAUGCGAGGAGUUUUGGGAAGGGGUUGGGCUAUUGGUUUGCGUUGGCUGUGCCCGCGACUUAUACCAAUAGUAUGAUCCGCUACCUGCAAUCCAAGUUCUCGAUCGCGCUCCGCACCAGCCUCACCCGCCACGUCCACGACGUGUACAUGGACAACAACACCUACUACAAAGCCAUCAACCUGGACAACCGCAUCGACGGCGCGGACCAGCUGAUCACGACCGACAUCAACAACUUCUGCACGGCCCUCGCGUCGCUGUACUCGAAUCUCGGCAAACCGGUGCUGGAUAUGAUCAUCUUCAACUACCAGCUGGGCAGGAGUAUUGGCGCUACGGGCAUGUGGGGACUUGCGAUCAAUUAUGCGAUCACGGCAACGAUUUUGAGGGCUGCUACCCCGGCUUUUGGGAAGUUGGCGGCUCAGCAGGCGCAGUUGGAGGGCGACUUCCGCACCGCCCACUCCCGCCUCAUCACCAACGCCGAAGAAAUCGCCUUCUACCACGGCGCGCACCUCGAGCAAUCCAUCCUCACCCGCAUCUACUACAAGCUGAUCCGGCACAUCAACCACAUCUACCGCAUCCGCAUCGCCUACAACAUGUUUGAGGACUUUAUCAUCAAGUACACGUGGUCCGCUGCUGGACUGUUGAUUGCCAGUAUUCCGGUGUUCUAUCCCGAGAUGGCGGGCGCCAGGUCGAAGAGGGAGGAGCUGAGGCUGGCGCAGUUGCAGAGUAGUGACGGCGCGUCGGCGUUGACGCAGCAUGAUCAUCGGACGAGGAGUCAUACGCAGGGGUUCAUCACCAACAAGAGGCUGAUGGUAUCCCUCGCCGACGCCGGCGGCCGCAUCAUGUACUCCUACAAAGAACUGAGCGAGCUCGCCGGCUACACCUUCCGCGUCUUCAACAUGCUCCGGGUCCUCGAAGACCUGCACGACGAAAAGUACGUGCACACCGGCGCGCCCAUCACCGGUGCCCCCGGCGAACCCGACCGCUAUUCCCUCGAACACAUCAAAGGCACCAUCACCUACGCCACCGAUGGCCUCACCCUCCAAAACGUCCCCGUUGCCACGCCCUCCGGCGAUACCGUCCUCGUCCGCGACCUCUCCUUUUCCCUCGGCCCAGGCGACCACCUCAUGAUCACCGGCCCCAACGGGUCGGGGAAGACCUCUAUCUUGCGUAUCAUCGCGGGGCUGUGGCCAUUAUUCGCGGGCAAGAUCCUCCGCCCGCCUGCGAAAUUGGACUCGAUCUUUUAUAUUCCGUCCCGCCCGUACCUGGCGAUUGGGAGCCUGAGGGAGCAGGUAAUUUACCCGCAUAGUGUGAAGCAGAUGAAGGCGGCCGGGAAGACGGAUGAGGAUUUGGCGGAGAUUUUGAGGAAGGUGUAUUUGGAUUAUAUUCCGGCCAGGGAGGGGGGGUGGGAUGCUGUUAAGGAGUGGAAGGAUGUGUUUUCCGGAGGUGAAAAACAACGCAUGCAACUAGCCCGCCUCUUCUACCACCACCCUUCAUACGCCAUCCUCGACGAAGCCACCUCGGCCGUCUCCACCGACGUCGAGAACCUCCUCUACACAACCGCCAAAGACCUUAACAUCACCCUCAUCACCAUCUCCCACCGGCCCUCGCUGUUCAAAUACCACCACCGGCUCCUGCGCGUCGGGGAGGGGAACGAUGGGUUGGAGUGGACGAUGGAGGAGUUGCGAAAAGAAGGGGGUGGCGGGGUGGCGUUGAGUGUGCAGAGCGAGAUUGGGAGGCUGGAGGGGGAGCUGGCGAGUGUGGAGGGGUGGAAGAGGAGGUUGGAGGUGGUCAAUCGGGAGCUGGGGAUUGGCGGGAAGCCCAAGGGGACCAAGGAGGAGGAGGGGGAGUUGAGGCAUGCGAAGAGGACGCUGAUUUAG